AUAUGCAAAUCGACAGGACAAUAUAUCGACUAUCUAAAUGAACACUUAAAAUUUGAAAUUAAUAACCCAUUAGACAUACGAUUUCAAAAGAAUCAACUUUUAUCGAGGUUAAUCGAUAUGGAACAUAUCUCGACUAAAUUAUUCACACAAAUGACCCAUUAUCCUCAGCGUGAAAUGGCUCUCAAAUUAGAAUUAUUACAAUACAAGACCGAAUCAAUAGAAAUGCAGAUUUGGAAAAAGAAAAGACAAAGAGAUGAAGACCCUGAGCAAAUUUCAAACAGUAAAUUACAAUAUCAAAAUCAACUAAAUGAGCAAGUAAAGUUUUAUCAAUCUGAAAUUGAACAGCAAUCUAUUUUGAUACAAAGAGAUCAGCAGUUAUGUCAAAGACUAGAAAAUGAUUGUGAAAGACUUGAAACUGAAAAUAAUCGUUUAGAGCAAGUGUUAAAAGAGAAAUCUCGGAUAUUAGAUACAAAAGAUAAUAAAAUCACUCAAUUAAAUAAUGAAAUAACGAACUGUCAAUACAAUCCUAAUAGUAGUAAAAUAAAGGAAAAUAAAAUGAAGCAAGAUUUUGAAAUAAAAGAUAAAAAUUGGGCAUCACAUACAGCACAGAUGGAAGAUAAAUUUGAUUUACUUUUAGACAAUUUUGAUAAGUUAACCAACAAAGCAAUUGAAUUUGAUUCACAUAGAAUGAAAUAUGAUCGAACUAUAGAAGAGCUCAAUAAAACUAUUUAUCAGCUUGAACUAGAACUAAUGAAUGAAAAAGUGGAAAAGAUAGGUUAUGGGGGCAAUUUUAAUAGUGACUCACCUGCUACAACUGUUGGUUUACGUAAAGAAUUCCGGAUAUUAGUAGCUGAUAUCAAAAGAACGCAUCAACUUCGAAUGGAGCAAGAAGCUGAAGAAAUUCAAAGAUUAAAAGUUCAAAUAGAAGAAUUACAACGUAGUAACAAUGUAACUUUUCAAUAUAAACAACGAAAUGACAUGGCAAUUCAAACAGAAGCAUAUACAAACAAUUGAAUAAAAUGCAUUUCUAUUUCUCUAAUUUUUAUCCUUUAUAUACCUGUAUCAUCAUAAUGCAAUUGUAUAUUUUAUUUUACUAUUUAUAUUUUAAUUAGAGAAGAACAAGACAGAUAUCUU